AUGCCUUCAAACCCAACACUAGAUACUCUGCCCAGUGAGACUCAACUCCAGAUCUUUUCUCAAAUCGCAGCCCACGACCUAAGCACAAUUGCUCGAACCUCGAAACGCCUCAACCAAAUUGCAACACCACUUCUCUGGAAUGAUAUUGAACUCCAUGAAGAAGGUUACCAUGAGUCCAGACAUGAGCUCAAAGUCCCUGCCCCAGCGAGAGAUCCAGCGCGUCGGCCUUAUCAUCUCAAGCAGAAAUGGGGAAACGGGCAAGGCGCGCGUAUGAAAGCCUCUCAGUUCUUCGAGAUACUGCAAAUGAUGUACAAGGAGAACCCGGAUCGGUUGCAGCAAAUCACUCCCCGUGUGAGGCAUCUGUGUACCGUGAUUGAUCCUUCAUGGAGACCUGUGAAUGAGGAGGAUGAUUCCGUCGAUGCUGAGGCCAUUCAAGUCUGGCAUCUUUUGCCGUAUUUCUCAAGCCUGGAAACCUUGGAAUUAUACGGAGACUACUACGACUCUCAAGAGGUCGAGGAGCAGGUUUCUAAAAUUCUUGGGUCUCCUCCAAAACUUCGAUUUCUCAAGCUCUCGGGCUACAUGCCACGAGAAGUGCCAGCAUGGCUUCUCAAAGCAGGAGAUACUUUGGAGCGCCUAGAACUCGAUAUGUUGGACCGCCCCAUCUCAACGUAUCUAUCUAAUGAUCCUCAUUUUACUCCUCUUCCAUGCGAGAAGAUAAAUACAGACGAUGGAGAUGCUUCUGAAUCAGACUACGGAAGUCUGGCUGACGACAUGAUCAUCCCUCGACCCCUGGGGAACAUUUUCACAGACUAUGGUGACUGCAAGUUGAAGUUGCCGAAACUAAAGCAUUUGUUUCUUGCUGGUCAAAGCGCGCAGAGUCAGCUUGCUAUGACGAUUGGCUUAGAAUUCUAG